GGGUGGGGCCGCCGCGGGGCGGUCAGGGGCGAACAAAAGGAGCCGGAGCCGGUGUGAGGGAGAGAGGGGAGGAAGGGGCCGAGGCGAGGCGGCGCGGCCAGGCUAGGAAGUUGUUCCCAUGGCGUGUGGGGAAUGCAACGUUUCAGCACCCACUCAGGAUCCAGCACGCAGGGACAUCAUCUUCUUCCAGCACAGAGGCCUGAAGUACAGAUAGCAGAACCAAGCUGCAGGGUGAGCCAUGAUUCCAGUCACUGAACUGCGCUACUUUGCUGACACUCAGCCAGCAUACCGCAUCCUGAAGCCAUGGUGGGAUGUCUUCACAGACUACAUUUCCAUAGUGAUGCUCAUGAUUGCUGUGUUUGGAGGGACACUUCAGGUCACCCAAGACAAAAUGAUUUGUUUGCCCUGUAAAUGGGUAACCAAAGACUCUUGCAAUGACUCUGUCAGAGGCUGGAUAACUGUAACCCCAGAGCGUACAUACUAUAACUAUAGUCUUGUUCCCUCUACUGACACAGGGCCUACAGGGAUUCGAUAUGAUUUGGACCGGCACCAGUAUAACUAUGUGGAUGCUGUGUGUUAUGAGAACCGCCUUCACUGGUUUGCCAAGUAUUUUCCUUAUCUGGUGCUGCUACAUACUCUCAUUUUUCUGGCUUGUAGCAAUUUCUGGUUCAAAUUCCCAAGGACCAGCUCCAAGCUGGAGCAUUUUGUGUCUAUUCUGCUGAAGUGUUUUGACUCUCCAUGGACAACGAGGGCAUUAUCUGAGACAGUGGUGGAAGAGAGUGACACCAAACCAGCCUUUGGGAAAAUGAAUGGCUCGAUGGACAAGAAAUCCUCCACAGUCAGUGAGGAUGUGGAAGCCACUGUUCCCAUGCUACAGAGAACAAAGUCUCGAAUUGAGCAAGGGAUUGUGGACAGAUCUGAGACAGGUGUCUUGGACAAGAAGGAAGGGGAACAGGCCAAAGCAUUGUUUGAGAAAGUGAAAAAGUUCCGCACGCAUGUGGAAGAAGGAGACAUAGUAUAUCGCCUCUAUAUGAGACAAACCAUUAUCAAAGUGAUCAAAUUCAUUCUGAUCAUCUGCUAUACUGUCUACUAUGUCAACAACAUAACAUUUGAUGUUGACUGUAAAGUGGACAUUGAGAGCUUGACUGGCUACCGGAUGUACCGCUGUGCUCAUCCCCUGGCCACUCUCUUCAAAAUUUUGGCAUCUUUCUACAUAAGCUUGGUAAUAUUCUAUGGCUUGAUCUGCAUGUAUACUCUCUGGUGGAUGCUGAGGCGAUCGCUUAAGAAAUAUUCCUUUGAGUCCAUCCGGGAGGAGAGCAGCUACAGUGAUAUUCCUGAUGUGAAAAAUGAUUUUGCUUUUAUGCUGCAUCUGAUUGAUCAGUAUGACCCCCUGUACUCCAAGCGCUUUGCUGUCUUUCUGUCAGAGGUGAGUGAAAACAAACUGCGGCAGCUGAACCUCAACAAUGAGUGGACUCUGGAGAAGCUGCGUCAGAGGAUCACCAAGAACUCCCAGGAUAAGCUGGAGCUGCAUCUCUUUAUGUUGAGUGGCAUACCUGACACAGUCUUUGACCUCAUUGAGCUGGAGGUCUUGAAACUGGAGCUUAUCCCUGAUGUCACUAUUCCCCCAAGCAUUGCCCAGCUCACUAGCCUUAAGGAGCUGUGGCUCUACCACACAGCUGCCAAAAUUGAGGCUCCAGCCCUUGCCUUCUUGAGAGAGAAUUUGAAAUCUCUCCAUAUCAAGUUCACAGACAUCAAGGAGAUUCCUCUUUGGAUUUAUAGCCUGAAGACACUAGAGGAGCUUCACCUGACAGGGAAUCUGAGUGCUGAAAACAACCGGUACAUUGUGAUAGAUGGCUUGAGGGAAUUGAAGAGGCUGAAGGUGUUGAGGCUCAAGAGUAACCUCACUAAGCUGCCACAGGUGGUGACAGAUGUUGGUGUGCAUCUUCAGAAGUUAUCCAUCAACAAUGAAGGCACCAAGCUCAUUGUCCUCAACAGCCUUAAGAAAAUGGUCAACCUGACAGAGCUGGAGCUGAUCCGUUGUGACCUGGAACGCAUUCCUCACUCUAUCUUUAGCCUCCACAACCUCCAGGAGAUAGACCUGAAGGACAAUAACCUCAAGACCAUUGAAGAAAUCAUCAGCUUCCAGCACUUACAUCGUCUCACUUGCCUUAAAUUGUGGUACAACCACAUUGCCUACAUCCCCAUGCAGAUAGGCAAUCUCACCAAUUUAGAGCGCCUUUACCUGAAUCGUAACAAGAUAGAAAAGAUCCCCACUCAGCUCUUUUAUUGCCGGAAACUUCGAUAUUUAGAUCUUAGCCACAACAAUUUGACUUCCAUACCUGCAGAUAUUGGACUUCUUCAAAACCUGCAGAACCUGGCUGUGACAGCCAACAGGAUUGAGAGUCUCCCGCCAGAGCUCUUCCAGUGCAGGAAGCUGAGGACCUUGAACCUAGGGAACAAUGUGCUGCAGUCACUUCCAUCUCGGGUUGGGGAGCUGACAAAUCUAUCGCAGAUAGAGCUGCGGGGGAACCGCUUGGAGUGCCUGCCAGUGGAGCUGGGGGAAUGUCCUCUGCUGAAGCGCAGUGGGCUUGUUGUGGAGGAGGACCUAUUCAACACAUUGCCCUUGGAGGUCAAGGAGCGGCUGUGGAGGGCAGACAAAGAACAAGCCUGAGCCCCUGAAAGGAGGGGAAAAACCUCUGACCAACUAGAAGGAAACAAAAGGCCAUUCCAAUCCUUUUCCCAAAAUCCUCCCCUUUCCCCCUUCAAUAACUACCAGACUUGCCAAGGAGUCCCUGAACAAACAUGGCUCUGAGGGAGGCUGAUUCUUGCCUCAGAUGCAGGAUGGGGGAAGCUUGGGAUCUCGAAGAGAUUCAAGGCAGAUUGGGUAGCUCCUGAGCAAGGGCCAGUGGGAGUAAGAGGUGCUGCUGUUCUUCUGGACAGGUAGUAGGGUGAGGUGGAUGGUGCUGGUAAAUGGAAAUGGCCUCUAAAUAGAGGCAAAAAUAUGUUGAUUACUGCAUUGCCCUGAGUGGGGCUCGUAAGUGUCAACGACUGAGUGUUCAGUGUUCUGCAAGCAAAGACCAAGAGUUCAGGAAGCCUCUUGAACCUUCCUCUCUUUGACACCUGAUUCUGCUCCUUCCUAACUGAACGGUUCAUUUAGUGAGGCCCCACAGUGGGGUGAGAUGGGAGACAGCCGGCUGAUUUUUAUGUAGAUGCUGGCAGUGGGAUUUUGAGGGGGGAUAAAUUCAUGUCAGACAUCAGAUUGGAUGCAGGAUCCCUUUCCAUGUUACUAAUUGUCUUUUCCCCCCUUGUGCUCCACACCUUCCCCUCCGCCCCUAGGCGAAGAACCAAAACCCCCUCACCUCCACUGCUCAUUUGAGAUUGCACUAUUUUAUCAGCUUCAAGUCACUUGUACUGACAAAUAGAUCCCAUAGCAUAUUUCUCUAAAUGGUGUGCUGGAAGCACUAAUGGAAAUAUUUCCACAGCCUUAUCCAGAACAGGCUUGUGUAUACUCAGAUUUUUGUGAAAUGAGUUGUAGUUCAAGUGGAAGAUAAGAUCUGGAUUAAAAGCAGUAGGACUGUCUCACUUACUCUGCCAGAAGCAUCAAGUUGCUUCAAGAUGUUGGCUUUUAAAGCUUUUAAAACUACUUUUAAGUUCCUGAUAUUUUGUCAUGUAUCAAAUAUAAACAUGACUAGGCCAGUGUGUCAGGGUCUCCCCUGGGGUUGGUGUGUAUAGUAAAGAAGAAUGCUCAGGUUUCCUCAGUGCCUCCUCCCCCACUAAGUUGUUAGAUGCUUUGCCAGUAUUUUUCAUGAACACAAUCUAUGGAGCUGCUUGAUUGUUCUUUUUCUUUUUUCUUUUUUUUUUUUUUCCUUUAAUGGCUGCCAGUACCUGUUACACCUCUUGUCCUAAAUAAGAGGUUAAUGCUGGUUGAAUUUGGUGCUGGAAAGGAAACCUGUCUUCCUAUUUCUUCCCCUUUUCAUUUCUCCCAGUGUUAAGGAGCAGUAGGAGAAUCCUUUGUGGACUGAGCUCCUCUAGAUCCCUGGGACAGAGCAGUUUGAAACAAGUCUGACUUGUUUGAUAUUGUUUGACAGAAACCCCUUCUGCAUUGGCAGAGGUAGAUUACUGUGUAAUAGCUACUGAUAAUCAUGUCCUCAAGGUGAGGUGGUUAAGGCGUGCCUACAAUACACCCUAAAUCUGCCUUUUUUUUCCUUCUGAAGGAAGAGGAGGCUCAUGGACCUGCAGGUCCAGGUUGCAGUACUCCUUGUUAAGCCAACAGGCUGGCUCUGAGGUGGAGUUCUGCAAGCUGAGGCAUGAAGCACUUGGAGGCCUCCCAUGAGUUACAAAGGGGGAAGCUGCAGCCAUCUCCAGACUGGUUCCCUGCAAACUUGGGUAUCUUUGGAUGUUUGGGCAAUAGGGCACACUACGACUUACCUUCAUCAGAUGUAAUAUAUGAAAUUUACACACUAAACAUGCUGAAACCAUGGACAAUGUUAACUGGGCUCUGGAUUUGUUGAUGUUCAGAUGCUUAAAUAAAGCUAUGUUAAAGUCUAGGAAAUCUGUUUAUAAAACCGCUUUUAAGAGAUGUAAAUUCUGCCUUUGUUAGUCUAUUCAUUAUAAAGUUUAAACAGUCCAAGGGAAUAAGAUUAAAUCUCUGUCUAGAAGGCAAGGUACUGUAAAAACUCUUGUCUCUGUUCCUAACAGGGUUGUUAGCAUGUUGAAAUUUUAUUAGAGUUGGGACCACUGGUAAAAGGAUGAGAGGAAAACAGUUUUCCAAAGUGUACUGUAUCAGAGCAAAUGCUGAGGUUUGGAAGUGUUGGUGCUGAUGCUUCUUGGGCUGGACACAUUCCAUUUGCACUAGUGUUUUGGAUCAGCACAGGACAAAUUGCUAGAUGGACUUAAGUAAAGAAGGCUUCAGGCUUAGGUGCAGUAAGACUGCUUUCCAGGCAGUUCCUCAUGGUGGGCAUGGAGACUGUUUGGAUGGCAGAAGAAACUUUUUCCUUACUCUGUGCCAAAUGAAAAUGCUGAAGAGUGAUGGUAACUGAGGAGAGGCUUGAACUCAUGCUGAGUUCAAGGCCACUGGGUAAUCUGGUUACAGUGCAACAUGCAUUUUAGUCUAGGCAGGGCUGAAAGGGGCAGUGCCCCUUGUAGAAUUUUAACCUAGCUUACAGGAGCAGAGAUUUCUCCAGUGGGCCUGGAUCAUUAUAGAUGAGCGUUCUGACUCUUGCUUCUAGAUGUGUUCCUAGUUAUACAAGCUGACAAUUAGGCAGCUGGAUUAGAGGUUUCUAUAGGCAGCUCCUGAAAGUAUGCUUCAGUGCUUCUAGAAGCUUGCAAGUCUCCUGAACUGCUGUGUAUCUCAAUGCUGAAUACAUAGGACAAGCAGAUGGUAGGCUGUUUUGCUAGAGAGGAGACUGUCUCCUACAAAUAAUAGAGCUUUACUCCUGCUGCUUGCUCAGUAGGGACUGCCCUAGGCCUGACUGAGCUCUAUGGAGCAAUUGUAAGACAAGUCAGUAUUGACCAUGCAUGGAAACCCUAGCUUUUUGCUGCUCUUCAAAUAUUUCAGGCUCAGUAUUUCAACAGUGGCUGCUAAGGCUGGAGAUAGCUUCCUGUGUGGCAAAACGGGAAGGAGCAGUCUGAUAACUUGUUGCGCUGGAAACGGGUGCUAUAAAGAUACAUUGCUGCUCUGCAAGAAAGUGCUACGUACUACUUACUCUUGACAUGUUUCUUCCUCUUCCCCCAGCAUCCAUCAGUAUAGAUGCUGAUUGCAGAGUAUGUCUCGUACCAGGAGACCGAAGAAGCUUGAUAUUUUCAAGGAUAAGGUCAAAACUGAGCUCCUGAGCACAUUUACUGCACAGGACUCCUACAAAACUUGUGCCACAGCAGAGUGAGUCGCUCCUCACUUCCCAUACCUGUCUGGAUUGCUCAGUCUUUGAAGGAUGAGUUUACAUCAGCAGUCCUUCCUCAUUUGCAAGUGUUCAAUUUAUCUACUACUUUUUCCUUUAGUCAUUUUCAAAUGGAACCCUAGUUUUCCUGACACUGCUCUCCCCACUGAGUGGGGGGAGAGAGGUGGGAGGAUUGUUCUACUUAAGCAGACGAUCAGCAGUCUGGUCAAUGACUUGUUUUCUGGACCCUUUUCAAAGGUCUGCUGUAGUAGCGAGCCAGAUUAUCUAUUAGCUGGUAAGCCAUAAAACAAAUUAGAACAGUUUCUUUAAUAGCACUGCUGAGCUGAAGAAGUUCUUGGAGCCCCCUGUAGAUCAUAAGCACACUCAUCUCAUGUUAGGAACCAAAGUUAGUAAAACGGGAUUCUACCUUUCAUGCCAAAUUCCUUGCAGCACAAUAGGCUGCAGCGAAUAGAUUGGAACUAAAUAUAAGGCAAAGGAUACCAAGCAAUUAAAUGUGUUAAAUUUUGCUGUAUCUCUGAAACUAUGCACUGGAAUAUUAGCUGAAGUUUUUCCUGUUUUUAAUGUCUUUUUCUGAAUUUACCGUAUGGUCAACAGUUAAUUAAGCUGGAAUGAACUGACUUUGCCAGUCUGAACUGUUAAAUAGCUGUUGCAGUUACCUUUCAAGAUGUGAUGUUCUUUAGUAUUAAUUGUCGCUUCCUGAGAAUGUCCUACCUCAUUUUUUCUUAUCACCAUUCAUACACUCCAUUUAUCUUGCUUCAUUUUUAAUUAAGUUCUUGUUGUUCGUUACCGUAAAUAGUGCUAAGUAGCUUUUCACUGCUGAGCCACAGUGAUUUUUUUCUGAAUGUUUCUAGGAAUUCUGAAAAUAACAUCCUUUGUGAUGGAUGAGGUGUAUUGGGAGGAAGGCAGAGAAAGGCUCAAAUAUUGUUUCAACAGCUCUGACAUUGUUUUCUUUUUCAAGCCAUUUUUUCACACUCAGUUUGGAAAGGGACUUGCGUGUUUUGAGUUCUUUAAAAUGUUUUGUUUUUUUUUUUCUUGUCUUUCAAAGGAAGGGUAAUUCUUUUCAUUAAUAGCUGGUGCCUUCUCUAGAGAUGCAUUAACUUUUCCACUGAGACACUCACUCCUAGUAUAUUAGUCUCUGGCUGAAGCCAGCUGUUCCCUCUGAUUCUUUCAACCAUGGAGAGAGUUCUCAGAUGUUGGUGUGUUUCCUCUUGCUGAAGAACAAAAUGUCAUACCUUAAACAGUAGCAUUGUCUACUCUGAAAUGUUACUUAAGGUAAGGCUGAAUGAGUGCUGGCUAGUAGAAUUAUCACUUAAGCCUCAGUUUAAUUAUUUUUCCUCAUUGCAUUUUAAAACAACAAAUGUUUUUCCACUGCUAGAUGUGCAGUGGAUUCUGUAGCUUUACUAAAACUACAUGUGCCAAAAGAGUGAUUUUUGUCCUACUGGCACUCUAACAAUGCAUGAAGGAGAACUUCACUGGACAAGAACAUUGGACUUGGACUUUUUUCCCUCCAUCAUCUUUCCAGCUCCAAGGGCACCAUUAAACUGCUUUAGUAGUGUGAAACCCUCUAGAAAUCUCAUCUCUGAAAUCCCUUUUUAAAAGCAGCUGUACUUGAAUUGCUGGACCCUAAUGCCUAAAGUGAAAUAGAAUUCAUGCAGAGGCUUAAUUUGUGAUUUCGGGAAAUACCCUUCCCUUCCCUUCCCCUCUCUCUUUUUCCUUUAAAGGAAGUUUCUUGAACAAUAGGGGAUUUUUUUUUCUAGAGGGAAACCUAAUGAGAAGGGGGCUAGUGGGUCUGAGUCAUCUUUUACAGCUGACAGAUGUGUCCAUUUCAUUAGGACACUACUCAUGGCUUAAACAUCGUUCACUCCCUUUCUGUAAGUGUACUAACAGGGCUGUGGUUUGGCAUCUGAGACCUGCAACUUGGUGUAACAUUUCAGAAUUGUGACAUUCACUCUGUGUGGGAAUAUGUUUGGGCAGCUGAUCAACAGCACCUCCACCUUACGCCCGGAAGGCUGCUAUUGUUUUCUCUGAAAGACUUGUAAGACUGGACACUUUAACAAAAUAAAAGUUUUAACUUUUAAUUUG